GCUGAAGGCCCACAGAGGUCUUAAAUUUAUGUUUUUGUGCAUGGCCUCAUCUACAUUUCUAAAGUGUGUAAGAGAAUGUGUAGCACUGUGCUGGUAUAUGUUGGCUCCAGUGUAAGCUCAGAAAUCCCUAGUAACCAACCGCUCCAGAGCUUGUGAUCAUGUUACAAGAUGUACAACUGCACCAUGACCUCAGAGCAUCAGUAGCUCAUGUCCUGGGUGUGAGGCAGUAUCUUUCUAAAUGGGCUGCAAUGCCUCAUGAAGGGGAUCUAAUGCUAAAUCUCAAGUGUUUGAACACUGCUCAGCUUCUGGAGCUCCUGGAAGACGAGGAAAGGAUGCGAGAAACUGUCAGGAUCAAUUCAAAGUUACAGCAUCUUCAGAGGUGUAAAGUGAUCUUGAUGGCAUCCAACUGUUGGCUCGCAGAGCAGAAUUUAGCGCAUCAGCCGCAUCUGAACAAUUCUAAAAUUCUCUUAGCUGAAAAGUACCAGAUUCUUGGUCAAAUGGUGUCUUCAAUGCAACGCAAACAGAGAAAGCUGGAAACUUUACAACAGAAACUCAGCCUUAGAGCGAUUCAUAAGCUUCUUAAGGAGAAGACCAAUCAUUCCUUGAGUCGAUCUGAGAAUCUCUGGCUAAAAUUCACAGAAGGAAAACUUCUGCUGACAGAUUUUGUGGAAUCACUUCAAAACUCUCAGACGUUAUGCCAUCGACAUUUUAUUCAAGCCGAGAAGAUCCAGAACCUCAUCCUACAAGCACAAAUAUACAAUCAAGAUGUUGGUUUUUCCCGUCUCAGGCAUCAUUCAGACUUCAUGGUCUCACCGGCCAUGAUCAAUGUUUUCAGUGGCAUCUAUCCGGUUCUCUUACUGCCUGGUUUCCAGUAUCCGCAUUUAUCUCCGACACCAUAUCUUCCUCCUCUAAAGCAUCAUGGCUGUAUCGAUAUAUGCUCGACUUUGAUAUCCAAAAAUGAACCGAGCAAUAAACAAGGUUUUUGUAAGUGCCCGGAGACUCACCGAUGGCCACAAAGACAUGCUGCUUUACAGCCACUUGACAAGAUUCAACCUAACAUUCACCAGAAGCCCAAGUAAAGCUGUAGUGAUAUAAAAAAACAAUAUAGUUUUAUGAAUUUGGAGUAAAAUUAAUGUCCGUUUCAUUUCAGAAAUGUGUCUCAUUGGUCAUCAUUUAAUGUAUAUCAGUCAAUGACUG